UAUAAACACAAAACAAAAAGAAAAAAAAAAACCAAAAAAUGGAAAAGUCAAUAUCGUCUUCGUCUACUUUAAAAGUUACAUGCCAAGCAAACAAAACAUCUUUGUGGAAGAUAAGGAAGAUCUUAACAGAGAAAAGUGAAGGUUGGUUGGACUUUGAUAAUAACAGCGAUGUUGAGAAAUAUAUUUUUUCACAUUUGAGCAAGUCGAUGAUUAACGUAGUUAAGAAAGACCCUAUAAAGAUAAAGAUCGAUGAUUACGAUACGGGGUACCAGCAGGAGGUAAUUUUCGGGUAUUAUAAUGAAACUGAUAAAUAUUAUCUUGGGGAAAUAUGGAGGUUAAAGGAGCUUGGUGUUGGAAAUGAAGUUGGAUUCUUCUACGAUCCCAUUGCAAAGAGGGUGUGUUUCUCUGUCUUGAAACAAGCAAAACCCUGAUGAUCAAUCAUAACUUGUUUAAUUGGGUUUAAUUAUACUAUAACAUAUCACUAUUCAUACUGUGGUUUGAUUAAUGGAUACAUAAUAUUGUUAUAUAAUUAUUAAAUGGUUGGAUACUUUGAUGCCAACUACUUAUUCAUUAAUAUAACACCACCCUAUAAGGUUAUAAGGUGUACGUACGUAACAUACAUUUAUUAGAGAUUUCAUGUUGAACGCAUUAGCUAUGAUCAGCUGCACAUUUCUAUGAAAUGAAGUUCGCAUUCUUGACAGAAAAAAAAAAACUAAUGGAGAUUUCAUUAUGAAAAAUGGAAAGAGUUUAGAUGAAAGCUUAAGUGAUGAGUUCACAGCACUGUGAAGAAGAAUCUGCAGGAUAAUGACAGAGGAUUUUAAUUAAUCCCUGAAUCAAUGUUGUAAGCAGAUGAUGUCCAUGGGAGGCGGCUGUAUGAUGCCAACGAUGUAUACAUCAGAUAUAAUAUGCAAGGGUUCAUGUCCCACAUGGGUGAGUUUCAGCCAGGCAAAGUGGUAGUAAGGAAUGGUCACAGGCAUUUUAUCUUACGAGAUAAGUUAAUGUACAAGACUAGAAGUAGAAGAUACAUCUCCAUCUUGUUGUUGCAGGUUGAUGUGUGGAGUAAAACAAAAGGAUCAUUUCUCCAAGCUAAUCAACAAACAUGUAAAAUUUAGUUUAUGUAGUCUAAUCUCUGUGGGGUUUUAUAUAUACAAGGCAAAAGGUUAGGCUGAGAAUAUUUCUCUCCUGCGACUGAUACUUUGUAACGGAAACAAUGAAUCAAGAAUAGUUAUGGAACUUCUGUUUGGAUAUGACUACGAUCAUUGCUCUUGUCAUUUACUCUUUGACUUAGGGAAUAUUCUUUUGGUAAUUUCAAAUAAUUUUCAAUUAAAUUUAAAAGGCAAUGGCACUUCUAUAAAUACUAGGGAGACCUC